UCAACCCGCUUCGUAAUCACAAUCCAAUUUCUAGGGUUUAUAGAAAUUAGAAAGGCUCUACCUUUGACCGCUUUAUAAAAUGACAAAUCUUUAGUCAUGGACAUAACAGUUCUAUAUACUGGUAAAAGGUUUCAGAUCUAAGGGAAAGCUUCGCUUCUUAUAAUCUUCUCUCUGGUUUUGUCCCAGGCAAUAUUAUGAGGAGGUACAGUCCCCCUUGUUAUAGUCCUCCGAGGAGAGGAUAUGGAGGUCGAGGAAGAAGCCCACCAAGGAGAGGAUAUGGUGGUGGUGGUGGUGGUGGUGGUGGUGGGUAUGGGAGGCGCAAGGAGCAGAAUCAUGGGAGCCUUCUGGUUCGAAAUAUCCCUCUUGAUUGCAGACCAGAAGAACUUCGAGUUCCAUUUGAGAGAUUUGGAGUUGUAAGAGACGUGUAUAUUCCAAAGGACUACUACACAGGGGAACCUCGAGGGUUUGCAUUUGUGCAGUUCGUGGAUCCAUAUGAUGCUAUGGAAGCUCAGCAUCGAAUGAAUGGACAAAUUUUUGCUGGGAGGGAAAUAACUGUGGUGGUUGCUGCUGAAACAAGGAAAAGGCCUGAAGAGAUGCGCCACAGAGCCAGGGUUAGAGGACCAUCAUCAAGCUAUGGAGGACGAUCAUCUUAUUAUGGACGUUCUCGGUCACGUUCACUAUCCCGAUCAAGAUCCCCUCGACAUCAUAUGAGUUCUAGGUCUCGAUACCGCUCAAGGUCAUACUCUCCUGCCCCAAGACGGAGAGACUACUCUGCUUCCCCAGGUAGAAGGCAUGCAGAGCAUCUAAGGUCUCCUGGAGGCCCUCCACCAGAUCGAGAUGGUGGCCACAUUCGCAGGUCAUAUUCUCCUGGAUAUGGUGUAGAUGAUCUAAAUGGAAAUGGCAAUGGUUAUGGCGAGAAACCUGCCUAUGAUUCUGAGGAAGCACGAGCUUGGAGGCAAUCACCUGGUAGAGCAUCAAGGUCACCUUCUGGAUCUCGGUCUAGAUCUGCUGACUUGUCACCCAGGCGUAGCAGAUAGAUGCCAGGAGGAUGUCUGUCAUUUUGUUUGCUAGUUUCCAUACAGCAGGUGGUAACAUGAUUUUCUAUCGGGAACUUGAUAUUGUGAUGGAGGCAUGGAAGUAAAUCAUGUGGAUUUGUAUUAGAAUACAAAUGUGUUGAGAAGUUUCUGAACCCUAAUGCUUGUUUGUUAACUAUCAAACUCUUAAUCCAUGCCAAAGAGAAUUCUGGUUUGACAACUACUAUUUUGCACUAUAAUGUCAAUGGAUCAACAGAGCUCUUGAAUAUAUAUCUAUAUAUAUUUUUUGUUGUCCUCA